AGGAUUAUGGUAAAUGCUUCGAUAAUCUUUGCUUGCGCAGGAGUGUUGGGAACUGAUGAACAGAAUCAAACUUUUGGGAUGAUAUCUCUUCAUUCCCGCUCUGUUUACAUGACCCUGUUUGUUUAUUCAUGCAGUCUGCUUCUUCAAUCAUUCACCAACAGCACCUGUAGGAGGUGUGGUCCUGUGGCUCUGCAGUGUGUGAGGUGGAGGAUGAGGGGACAUGUGGGGCAGUAAGCUCCUCAUUCACGCCUCUUUUCCCCUCGUUAUAAAACUCUCAGAUUAACAGAUGACAGUUAUACAGCAGGUUUCUGGUAACAGAAUGAAGAUCAUCAUGUUUUUCCCACUUUUGCUUCUGGUCUGCUCUGUUUCAGCAGAUCAGACUGAGACUGCAGGCCAACAAUCCUGUCCACAGGACACCCAUGCUGCGCUGAGAGAGCUGACCGCCUCAUUGGCUGUGCAGAAUGAACGGAUCACUGUCCUACAGAGAGAGAAUCAAGUUCUUUCAAACCAAGGAGCAAUAGAGCAACAGACUGAGAUCGACCAGCUGAAGCUGCAAUCAAAAGAACUAGAAGCAAAGCUGGAGAGUCAGAAAAUGGAGAUCAACCAGCUGAAGCAGCUGUCAGAAGGACAAGCACGAAAGUUGGAGACUGAACUGCAGAACCAGAGGACUGAGGCCAACCAGAAGAACCAGCAGCAACAUGUCAAACAGGUGGCUUUCUCAGCCUCUCUGCUGGAUCAAGGUGAAGGAUAUACUGGACCCUUUAAUGCCCACACUACUCUGAUCUUCAAAUAUGUUGUCACAAACAUUGGAAAUGCCUACAACCCAUACACAGGUAUUUUCACUGCACCAGUGAGAGGAGCCUACCACUUUGACUGGAAAGUACUAGGACGUGACAACACAGUAGCAGGUGCUUAUCUAUUUAGGAAUGAAGAGAACAUUUUUCUUGCAUAUGAAAGUCAAUCACAUGGGUGGACAAGCGCCUCUAAUGCAGCCUCACUGCUUCUAGAGGUUGGAGAUCAGGUGUCUGUACGUCUCUGGGCUGGUUCAACAAUAUAUGACAAUGAUAACCAUCAUACCACCUUCAGUGGUCAUCUGAUUUUCACCAUGUGAGAGGUGUGACAGCUCCAACACUUCUUUUUUGGACUGUCCUGUGUGGGUGGAGCUUAGCCAUUAGUUAAACAGGAAUUAAAUCAUUUGCUAUAAUCAGUUUCUUGCUCUCUCUGUCUCUCUGGUUGGUUCUAGUUUUGUGUUUAUCUGUUUCUACUUCUCCUCUGAUUCUACUGACUCAGAUAAUUUACUUCUUAUCUUUUAUUCAAAUAAAUCCAGUUAAAUGUUCAGUGAUUCUCUUCUCUUUGUCCUUUCUUUGAGUCGGCUCUUCAUAAAGUGCUGCUCCUCCAUCAGGUCAUGACUAUUUUCUAUAAGUUGAUAAACUGCAUUAUUCUUUAUUGGCUCCACUGUCCUGUGUUGGUCAGUCUGUUAUUUUGGUGACUGCUGGCCCACAUCUUUGCUUUUAACUGGAGUCUUUCCUGUUAAGUUGAGCAAAAUCCAACAGUUCCUCUUUUUUCUCUUCUUUGAUGAUCAUGCAGGUAUUUUUCUUAAACACUUAACACAUGUGAAACUUAAUCUGACUAUCAUGAUAAAAAUGUAAACAGCUGAUUUAGUUUGAUAUAAAAAUGUGUGUCAGUGCUGUGGAGGAAUUUCUAGAAGCUGAAAUGUUUCCUUAUUUUUCAUCUGAAUCUGAAUCCAAAUCCAGACACAGAUAACUGACUGUAAACUUACUCGGGUUCAUUUCUUUCUAUUCUUUACUUUCAAAAUAAAAACAUCAUUGAACUAA